UACAGUAUGUGAUCAGGAGUGGAAAGAAAGAAGCGGCAUUUAAUGGAUACAAUUAAAUAAUUCUCAACAAACAAUGCCCAUCAUGCUCUGAAUUCUCGCAGAUGUAUACAUUGUAAAUUGUACAGGUCCGCUCUUUGAAGGCACGGGUCAGGGGGUUCGCAUAUCGUAUUGGUCUUUGUGACUGGAAAUCAAAAUCAGUCAUUGGAGGUUUCAGGUAGCAAACAUCCUCAUUGCUUGACGCUCAGUGUUUUUUAUCUCUCAUCAAUAGGCUACUUCUCAAAUGUAAAGGAUUUGAGGAUAAGUGUUGAAAAUGGGGGUCUCUGUUAUACUGUUCAUAUUACCCCUAUAGCACAGAGUAGCCUAUUUGGUGUUUUACCCUGAAACAAUAAUAAUUAUACCAUGAUAAUGUAUUUUUAAAAUGUUGAACAGGCCUAAAUAUAUAAUAAGUAUUAUACCAUGAUAUUACUAUUCAUUUCUGUGCUGUAAUCACUUUUUCUGGUCAACCAUACAUUUUGCCAUUUUUCAUUCCAUAAACUCCCUAAAGCUGGUCAAGCACAAGAUAUGGUAGACUAACUCUUAAAACUAUAUUUUCCAACUAACACUGGGGGCUAUAGAGAUGUAGGGUAACCUGAAUCCUCUGUGCAUGCUUCAGUAAGAGAUGGCAGCACUGCACUAUUAGAUAAGAGUAUCUGAGUGAUGAACUUCUGAUACAGACAGUAGUCUACUAUCAAUGGCAAUGUUGCCCAACAACAAGUUGUCAUUUCCAAACAGAACACAUCCAUCUAUAAAGGAUGCCAGUUGACACUAGACAAACAGAUGCAGAGACGCACAAACCCACAGAAAUAAAGGCCCCCCAUUACAGAAGUUGUCCAACUGGUUUCCCUGUGCAAACAUUGCCACACCCUCUAUCUAAAUGCACACAUGCCCCCAAACUUACCCAGGCCAGAUGAGGAGAGAGUGCCUGAAAACAUCCCAUGGGGGGAGGGGGGAGGGGAGGUGUACAGGAAGGAUGAGAGCUGUUUGGCUCACACCGACGUGCUGUACUGCUGGAGGCUCUUGUGUGCACAGCCAUGGAUGGUGUGUUAGAGGGAGCAGCUGUGGUGUGUGUGUGUGUAAACUGGCCUGCAGUCUUCUCUUCCUGCCCAUGGUCACUGCUUCUCUCAGUGCAGUCAGCUUCUGCUGCAACUGCCUGCUGCUCUUCACAGACCUCAUAGUCACAACCUUCCUGGUUGUCCUCUGGUUUACAGAGCCCUGGCUACCUCCAUUUUCCAUGUCCACUGAUGUCAUCGCCCUGCGCUUCCUGCUCUUCCUCAGCUACAUCUACUGGGCAGUGCUGCUGAUGACCACACCUCUGGUUGCUGUGGAGACCGCCAUGAGGUUGCAGUGGCCUCAAGUCUAUGGUGGCGGAGCAGUGGACGGAGUAGUGGACAAUCCUGCACCUCACGGCGGUGUGACACUGGAGGUAGAGAACUGGCAGAGCAGGGACACAGACACCCAGAGAGGAGGGCGAGGGGACCAGGACCAGGGAAGUUGUCUGUCCCAUAUCCUUGGCUUCUUCUGCUGUCUGCUGGUGUGGGCCGUCUGUGGCAUCUGUGGGGGUCAGGGCUGGAGACUGGAGGUGCCGUGGGUCGAGGUCUGCCUGGAGAGGACCAGCUCCCUCACUCUGUGUCUCCCUAGCCUCCCCAACACCGUCCUGCUUGCUCUGGGUGAGCCCAGCUGGGGCCUGGCCACUGUGACCUUGGCUCUCCUGCUGGUGCUGACGGUGGGCUGGGGCUUUCUCAGACGACCCCUGGCCCACACAGAGACGGACCCACACACACCCACAACCACACAGACACACAAGGAGGAACAUGGUACUGACAUUCAACUACCUGUUCAAACACUCCCUGCACCACGCAAGGCUAUGAAACCUGUGAUGUCAGUGGCGUCAGCCCCACGGUUUGUUGACACAGAGACAACAUGGUCCAGAUGCUCCGUUCACAGCCCAUGUUCUGGGAACAACAUGCAGCUGUCACUGGGUCACUAUGGAAAUGCUGUCCUCUUAUCCCUGGAGUUUUUGUCAGCAGACAGACUAGAGGGACACAAAGAGAAAAAAGGACUAGGAGACAUACCUCUCACUGGUAUUGUGGAGGAACACACAGACAGGAGCCAGCAUGGGCUCGGGCGAUUUCCCUGCCUGGGGGUGAAUAUAAUGACAGGGUUAAUGUGUCUGCUCACUGUCUGUGUGUUACCUCUAAACCUCAGUGUGAACAUCCUACUAAUCAGGCACACAGAGACAAUGCUGGAGUGGAGUUUGAAGAUCUUAAUGUAGUUGAUCAUGUAAAUUCAAUCAUUAAGGAGGUCUGAAAGGCUUGCUCACUUUAUCGUCAUCCACUAAGCAUAAUAUAUCGUAUUGUUUCUUCUCUAUGGGAUAGUUGGUAGCUAUUUUCAAACCAUUUUCUCCUAGCAGGAGGGUCUCGAUGCCAGUUGCUCCCCCACAGGGCUGACAACCUGCCAUCAUAUCAUCUGGCGAGACUAUCCCCAAAACUAUUUUAACACAUUUUCAUAUUGCACUUUGUCUCUGUUGUUCAUUCAGUUAGCUUGUCCUCGAUUGAACUGGCUGCACCCAAAGAAGCCAAACAGAGGGGUCUCUCAGUCAAUGUAACACCAGCAGAAAGUCAGUGUACUGGACAAUAAACCUGGAUGGUGAUAGUGUUAGAUACUGAGGUGUGGCUUGGGAAUGGCAACUCAAUAUUAUAUACACUGACUGAAUAUACACAGAGUAUUCCAAACAUUAUUUCAUAGUUUUGGAUUGACUGACCUUCAUGUCUUAAAGUAAUGAUGGACUGUGGUUUCUCUUUGCUUAUUUGAGCUGUUCUUGCCAUAAUAUGGACAUAGCCCUAUUUGGUAAAAGACCAUCUUCUGUAUACCAACCCUACC